AAUUAGCUAUAUAAUAUAUCCACUUGGGAGAUAUAUAAGUGUAUUGUACUAUAUAUAAACCAGUGAGUUGAUUCUAGGUGUGGUAGAUCAUAUAUGAUCCGGAUAGGUUUGCUAAACAAUAUGAUGUUCAAGCUUCAUUUUCUCUUUUUAUCGCUAGUUCUUACAGCCCUUGUACAUCUCGUUAAUGCACAAGAUGAUCAAAAAGGUUUCGUUAGCUUGGACUGUGGUCUGGCUGAAAAUUCUAGCUACUCGGAGAAAACAACAACAAUAAAUUAUAUUUCAGAUGCUGCUUUUAUUAAUAGUGGUGUAAUAAAAAGCAUACUCCCCAAAUACAGAGUCGGUCUCCAACAACAAAUGACAUUGCUCAGAAGCUUUCCUGAAGGAGUUCGAAACUGUUACAGACUAAGCAUACAAAAGGGUACCAAGUAUUUGUUCAGGACAAUAUUUCUGUACGGAAAUUAUGAUGGCCUAAACAAGACUGCUAAAUUUGAUAUCCACAUAGGGCCUAAUUAUUGGGACACUGUGAAGAUCGAAUCAGCUUCACAAGCUUUGAUUAAGGAGAUGAUAUAUACUCCUCCACAGGACUAUGUUCAUGUAUGUCUUGUCAACACUGGAUCUGGGACACCCUUCAUUCAAGCUAUAGAGUUGAGGCCUUUGAAAAACACCACUUAUAUGAUUCAUGAUUCUGGAGCUUUGGCAUACUAUGCUCGCUUGGAUUUGGGUUCAUCCACCAACAGUACAUACAGGUAUCCAUUCGAUGUGUUUGAUCGCAUCUGGGUUCCAUUUAACGACCUUUCAUGGAAACAAAUGACGACAUCGACAUCGCUUAACGUUGACAACACCACUCAUAUUGACUAUUUUCCACCGUCUGUCAUAAUGAACAACGCCGCCACACCUAUAGACGAGGACGGUCCGAUCGAUUUCUAUCUGGAAUCGCUGGAUGCAACUACCAGCUAUUAUCUCUAUGCACACUUUGCGGAACUCCAAGAGCUCAAAUCCAAUGAGACCAGAGCAUUUGACAUCAAUGUCAAUGGUGAUCUCUUGUAUGGACCAGUUGUCCCUAAUUACUUGUCCACAAAGACCGUCUACAGCACCAAACCCAUAACUGGAAAACUCAACUAUAGUUUUUCAAUAACCAAACGUAAAAAUUCAACUUUGCCACCCAUUCUUAACGCUAUUGAGUUCUAUUCCUUGCUUGACUUUUCCCAAUCAGAAACACACCAAGAUGAUGUGGAUGCAAUCACUGGCAUAAAGUCAACAUAUGAUAUGAAGAAAAACUGGAAUGGAGAUCCUUGUGUUCCCAUAAAAUACUUAUGGGCUGGUCUAAAUUGCACCAAUGAUAUUGUUAUUUCUCCUAGAAUUAUAUCCUUGGACUUGUCUUCGAGUGGAUUAAGUGGCAAUAUAAGUCUAUACUUCUCUGAACUCGCUAUGCUAGAAUCUCUGGACUUGUCAGACAACAAUUUAACUGGGCCGGUGCCAGAUUUUUUGUCUUCAUUACCGAACUUGAGAGUGUUGAACUUGGAAAGAAACCAACUCACAGGCUCAGUUCCAACUUCACUUCUUGAGAGAUCAAAGAAUGGUUUACUAUCAGCUAAUUUCGGAGAAAAUCAAGAUUUAUUAUGUGACUCAUCUACUCCAUGCGUAACGAAUAAUAAGAAGAACAAGAAGAAGAACAGUAUACUCAUUCCAAUAGUAGCAUCAGUUGGUGGAGUGGUAUUGUUGUUAAUAAUAGCCGCAAUUAUUUUCUACACCCUCAAGAAUAGAAAGAAACAAAAUAAUAAUGGUUAUGCCGUCGCAACAGGGAUUGUGGCACCAUCCAAUUUGCAGACUGAUUCAUUAUUAAUUGACGAAUCUAAAAAAAGACAGUUCACAUAUUCUGAGGUGAUCAAAAUGACAAACAACUUUGAAAAAAUUCUUGGUAAAGGUGGAUUUGGAACUGUAUUUCAUGGCUUGAUAGAUGAUGGUACUCAAGUAGCUGUUAAGAUGCUUUCUCAUUCAUCGGUUCAAGGAUAUCAACAAUUUCAAGCAGAGGUUAAACUUCUUAUGAGAGUUCAUCAUAGAAACUUGACUAGCCUUGUUGGGUAUUGCAACGAAGGUUCCAAUAUGGCUCUUAUUUAUGAGUAUAUGGCCAAUGGAAGUUUAGAUUCUCAUCUUUCAGAUGGUGUUAGCAAUGUAUUGAGUUGGGAAGGAAGACUUCAAAUAGCAAUUGAUGCAGCACAAGGGUUGGAGUAUUUACACAAUGGUUGUAAACCACCUAUAGUGCAUAGAGAUGUCAAGACUCCCAAUAUAUUAAUAAGUGAGAAUUUUCAUGCAAAAAUGGCUGAUUUUGGCUUGUCAAGAAUUUUUCCCACCGAUGAUGGUACUCAUGUGUCAACUGUUGUUGCUGGCACACCAGGUUACCUUGAUCCGGAGUAUUACGUUACAAAUAGGCUGAACGAGAAAAGUGAUGUUUAUAGUUUUGGAGUUGUUCUAUUAGAGAUGAUUACAAGUCGUCCUGUCAUAAGUAGAACCCAUGAGACCAGAACUCACCUAAAGGAAUGGGUUAGUGUUAUGGUGGCAAAUGGAGAUAUUAAUAAUAUAGUUGAUCCAAGAUUAAGGGGACAUUUUGAAAUAAACUCAGUGUGGAAAGCGGUUGAAAUAUCAAUGGCAUGUUUAGCACCUUCAUCCAAUAAAAGGCCAAACAUGACUCAGGUUCUGAGUGAACUAAAUGAGUGUUUGACAACAGAAUUAGCUGGAAAGAACAAUAGCCGUCAAACUGAUUCCACAAGCUCAAUAAAUGAGGUGUACUCUAUGAAUGUGACUAGUCCUAUGGCAAGGUAGAAGGUGUAACUAAUUAAAUUUAUUUGCAAAUAUUAUUCUCUCUAGCUAUUGUAUAACAUUUUCAUUUUUUAUUCUCUCAUGUGUCAGUUAAAUAAUAAUAUAAUAUGCAUGCUGUAAGCAUAUAUUUCAACAUCUUUAA